AUGCAUUUGAGGAAACAUAAGUUUUGGACUCGAAAAAUUGUGCCUCUGAAAUGCAUAGGUUUAGUUGAACAAGAGAACGUAUCACAUGCAAAGACUUUAACACAAUCUAACAAGUACAAAGCAAAUGUAUCUGUCCAAAAUCCAACCACGUGGAACUUUCUAGACCCCACAAACCUUUCUCAACCGUUGGAUUCGUCUCUCUCUCAAUCAGGACCGUCAGACAGCUUUGGCUUUUCUUCCCAUAUUUAUUUUCCCAACCAAGCGGGUCCCUCUCUCUGCACUUCACCGUUUCCCCAUGCAGAAAAACCAUGGGCCAUCAGCGGUUUUCCACAUGUUCCAUUAAGAGACACGCUGCCCAAGAAUAAUCUCCAACGUCUCUUUUCUUCUUCUCCUGAUCAGGACACACGCCCGCUCCAAGACACAAUAGUUAUUAGGCCGGGUUUUCCAAUAAAUUACUCUAACCUUGAAGACAAAAUUCUCAUUAGGCAGAAUAGUAAUGAUAGGCUCAUUUAG